UGCUUUUGUUUACGUUCGUAUCGUGCUGCUGCUUGAGUCAGCAUAAUUCCUAUUGGAGGACGGGAUCUGGAGCGGAGUUUCCCGAGAAAUUCCAGUUCCGAUUCUAGUUGGAUAGCACCGUCGACACCAAACGCAAUAACUGAGGGGUCUCAUCGUCGAUUGAUUGCACAUUUGCAGCAGGCUGGAGAGCAGAGCGGCGUGCUUCGAUCAGCUCAGUAGCGUGUUGGCGAUCUUCGGGUGUGCAUCAGAUACAGCAGUGGAGUAAUAAAUUAAACCUCAGUGAAGUGUGUUGUUGAUCCGAGUCUGGUUCCGUUAGUUCAUGAAUUUUCAGGAAAACUAUUCCUCUGGUGCGGGAGUGCUUUUGUUCCGUGGUUGCUAACCGAAAACGGCUGUGUUCGCAUUAUAGUUUUUGGAUCAGUGAAAGUUAAUUUUCAACAAAGAAGUUGGAUGAUGCACGCAGAUCUUUGUAUCAAAGAUAUGAGACGCGCUAUCUACCAAUCCUUACUAUCACCUGAAAUGGAGAACAGCUGGACCAUCUGUGAUCCCGUGCACGGUAAAGUAACGUAUCCGGCAUACGUACAGCAAAUUGUCGACACCCCACAGUUCCAACGUCUUCGCAAUCUCAAACAGCUCGGGACCAGCUCCAAAGUGUUCCCCUCCGGCACGCACACGCGCUUCGAGCACUGUCUAGGGGUUUGCCACUCUGCUGAAAAGCUUUUGAAAAUUCUGGAACAAAAUUCCGGUGUGCACAUAAACCACAUCCACCGAAAGUGUGUUAUUCUUGCAGGAUUGUUGCACGACGUUGGCCAUGGGCCAUUCUCUCACAUGUGGGAAGAUUUUGUCCACAAUGGUAGUGACAAACUUUGGACGCACGAGCAAUCAUCCUGUGAUAUGGCCCGCCAGUUGUUUAAGGAAAAUGGAAUCAAACUAUCUGAAGAAGCGUACGAACAUUACUACGCAGAACAAUUGAUCUACGCUCUGAUUACCGGCAAUCAGGAGGCACUUAAAACCCUCCUGACCGGGGACACAAUGUACCUGUCGGAGAUUGUGCACAACAAGCAUUACAAGAUCGAUGUGGAUAAAUGGGACUACUUGCUGCGGGACCUGUUCUACUUGGGGAAUGCCGUCCAGAUUGGAACACAAUUUGUACGGCUGUUUGAUCAUGCAAGAGUAGUACGCGAUGACUCGGAUAUUACCCAUAUUGGCUAUCGAGCUAGUGAUUACCACGACAUAGUGGCUUUGUUCGAGGCGCGCACCAAACUUCACAUCGAAUGCUAUCAGCAUCCGACCAUACUGGGAUUGGAGAAGUUGAUGAUUGAUGCCUUAACUCUGGCGGAAGAGAGCGGAUUUAGAUUGCGAGGGACGAGAAUUUCCGAAGCGCACCUCUCGCCCGACGUCUACCUGUACCUGGACGAUACCAUCGUCAGUCUGAUCGAAUGCAGCGGCGACAGUUCCGAACUAAUGGGCGCUCAACAGCUACUGGCUCGCAUCCGACUGCGGCAGUUGUACACUCGCAUUCACACUUCCACCGAUGGACCAUGCGACAUCGAAGAUCUCAACAAACGAUUCGGGUCGGAGGAAUUCUUCCAGGUGCGGAAGCGGAUCCCCUAUGCUAGUCAGAUGGCUCCGCGAGAUGUGCCGCUCUACGAAUUGAUUAACAGUGAGGCUCGCCUGAUUGACGGAAGCAACGUUGUAGGAGAAGUCAUGAAUGCCCUCGGAGAGCAAGGAUUUUUCGAGCAGUAUAUUGUGUAUUGCAAGAGCAUGGACCCCAAAGUCAUCAACAGUGCUCGUGAAUACCUUAGUCGCCAGGGAACAAAUCAAUCAGUUCAGUAAGAUGUAGGUCACAUCUUUUAAAAUGCAAGUGGUGAAAAUGAUUUUAGUUUUUUCUGUCUUUUUGGAUGUUAUUUUAUGUUAUAUUUCAUUUUUAUAUGAAUUUCAGUUAUGAUAUUUUUUUUUAUUUAAAUGAAUUUUAUAUGUACUUACUCCUAGCUUACGUAAAAGAGAACUUUCGAUAAGUAGCCCAAGUAUCGUCAAACAAUGUAUUAUCGUUAGACAAUUCGAAUGCUUCGAUUUCGAUGCCUAAUUCGAUCAUAUCGUACCUAGUAGUUGUACUAAGCUCUCAUGAAGUUACAAUGCAGUCCGAUCGAAUCGGGCGAUUGUUGUAGGCGGAUGCCUGAUUUCAAAACCAAUGCCAAAGGUUUACUCAUGUUUUGUGCUAGAUCAGUUUCAGUAUGCGUCACAUUGUAGAUAUAAGUAAUCCUAGUAAGGUACAUUGUGUCGAGUCGUGAAUAAACCGUUUUAUAUCGUCUGUAA